GCAAGCUUCCGCCAUUUCUUAUUUUCUGGAUUCUUAUUUGGACAUCCAUAAAUAUUGAUUUGGACAUGGAUCCCAGCAGCAGUGCCCAGGAUGUGAUCAGAUGUGACCUUUGUGAGACAGCUAUAGUACAGAUGUACUGUGAUUUCUGUCAUGUCAACCUUUGUAAACCCUGUAUUGGAGAACACAUUGCCGAUGACUAUAGCAAGCAUCAAAUCGUCCAAUUUCAGCAGAGAAAAUCCACCUUAAUUUAUCCACAGUGCAAAACACAUGAAACAGAAAGAUGUAAACUUCAGUGUGAAGAAUGCAACACAUCUGUUUGUUCUUUAUGUAUUAUAACUGAAACACAUAAGGGACAUACCAUUUCAAUUCUUUUGGAUAUUUUUAAUUCAAAGAGAGAAGUAAUUAGAAAAGAUACUGAAGAGUUAGAACAAAUACUUUCUCCAACCUAUAAAGAAAUUGCCACUAUUAUAGAAGCUCAGAUUGCUAAUCUGGAUGGAGAAUAUGGAAAACUUUCAACAGCAGUAACAAAACAUGGAGAAGAAUUUCACAAAGAAAUUGACAACAUUGUCAAAAAACUAUCAACAGAAAUUGAAGAAGUAAAAAAUCAACAUCUAAGCACUCUGAAGAAACAUUUAGAUGAAAUUAAACAGAUUAUAUAUCAAACUGAGCAAACUUUGCUUCAGUUAAGUAGAAUUGAUGAAUCAAAUGAAGUGUCCAUGACUAUGGAAUAUAGUUCUAAAAUCGAAGAAAUAAGCAAACUUCCGCCUAAAGUUAAGAUAUCACUGCCUGUGUUCAGGCCAAAGGGUCAAUAUACAGAACAUCUUUAUACAUUGUUUGGAUCGUUAACAGAAUUAACUACCAAAACAGAAGAAAAUGGCUACAAACUGAAGAAACCAGAGACACCAAGCAGAGAACUGCUGGAAGAACCAGAACUUAUCACCACUAUAAAUACUGGGUAUGAAAAACUCUAUAGUGUUACAUGUCUUAGUGAAGAAGAAAUUUGGACAAGUGGAAUUGUCGAUGAUAUGAAAUGCUUCAACAUUCAAAGCUCACUCAUAAAGAAAAUCAAAACAAAAUCAGGGAAAUGUCCAAAUGAUAUAGCAGUGACAGGUGAUGGAGAUCUAAUGUACUCUGACUGGAAAACAAAGACUGUGAAUAAAGUAAAGAAUGGACAGACAGAGGAAAUGAUCAGACUACAGGGCUGGGUACCAGUUAAUCUCUGUGUCACCUCCUCUGGUGAUCUCCUGGUUACCAUGUACAGUGUUGAUGACAAAACACAAUCCAAAGUUGUCCGUUACUCAGGCUCCACAGAGAAACAAACAAUCCAGUUUGAUGAUGAGGGUAAACCUCUGUAUUCAGGAAAUAUAUACAUUAAGUACAUCAGUGAGAACAAAAACCUGGAUAUCUGUGUGGCUGAUUAUGGAGCUGCCGCUGUAGUGGUGGUCAAUCAGGCGGGAAAUCUCCGAUUUAAAUACACCGGUUAUCCUUCUACUACAAAGAACGAACCAUUUGUUCCCCAUGGUAUCUCAACAGACAGCCAGAGUCAGAUCCUGACAGCAGACCGUAAAAACCACUGUAUCCACAUCUUAGACCAGGACGGACAGUUCCUACGUUAUAUAGAUAACUGUGAUCUGGAGGAUCCAUUUGGUUUAUGUGUGUACAAAAAUAACUGUUUGUUUGUUGCUGAGUGGAGAGGAAAGCUUAAGAAAAUUAAAUAUCUUAGAUAGACAUGCAUUUAAGGAGUCACUGUCUAGUUAGAAGACUAUGCCAGGGCAUCAACAAUAGUGGGAAACACGGAUAAUUUGCAUAACGGGCCGGGCGAAGCUAAAAUUAUCCCAUGUUUCCCACUAUUGUUGAUGUCACUGGCAUAGUCUCCCAACUAGACAGUGAUUCCUGAUAUUUCCAUUUUUACUUGAAAUAACAAUCUGAAAAUAAAUCAAAAUACCGUCUAA